AUGACAGCGAACGCAGAUUCGGAUGCGGAGGCUGUCGAGGCCAUCACGGCCGCCUUCUUAUCAGCUCCGACAGCAAAGCAGCGUCUACUCACCCAGCUCAUGAAGAGCACCGACAACCGCUUUCAAGAGUUCUGCCUCCAUCUCACACGGCAAGACUGUCCCGACGCCGGAGCAUGCCAAAAGCUGCACUUCAAGCCUGUGAUGUAUCCACAGACUGACGCCGCCUACGGCCACUGCAGCUACCUCAACACUUGUCAUCGGACCACAUCGUGCAAGUAUCUGCACUUCGAACUCGACACGGAUCCACCUCAGCCGGCCUUUGCGUUUCAGACGACAGAUGCACGCCACACAUACGAGCCUGACUCGGAAGAGGCGCACGAGAUCGGGCUGAUACAUCCAUCUCGAGCGCUCAAAGAGAACGGUUUCGAUCAAUGGAUACGACCAUCGUCAUCGACGUCAGCGCAGCAGGAAGCACAAUGGAUCGACUGCGACCUCAAAAACUUUGACUAUUCGAUGUUGGGCAAGUUCGAUAUCAUUCUGGCGGAUCCACCGUGGGACAUCCACAUGUCGCUGCCGUAUGGUACGAUGAGCGACGAUGACAUGCGCUCCAUGCCUGUGCCCGUGCUUCAGGACGAAGGACUCAUCUUUCUCUGGACGACGGGUAGGGCGAUGGAGCUUGGACGCGAGCUGCUUGCGCACUGGGGCUACACUCGCAUCGACGAGUUGAUCUGGGUCAAGGUUGGGCAGACACAGCGUCUCAUCAGAACGGGUCGUACGGGACACCAUCUCAAUCAUACGAAAGAGCAUUGCCUCGUAGGUGCCAAGGUGCGCUCCACCAACACCACCACCCACGAUCGUACGCAUGCAGAGGGCGGCAGCAAUCCCAUCCCGGGCUCCACACAGAGGUACGUCGGCAGCCGUGAAGCAGGCGUGCCACCACCACUGCCUGAUUGGGUGCAUUGCGGCAUCAAUGCCGAUGUCAUCGUAUCCGAAGUCAGGGACACUUCGCGCAAGCCGGACGAGCUGUACAGCAUCAUUGAACGGCUUUGUCCCGGCGGUCGCAAAGUGGAGCUGUUUGGUCGCAAGCACAAUUUGCGCAAAGGGUGGUUGACGUUGGGAAACCAGCUCAAUUCGGACCACGUGUUGGAUUCCGGCUUGCAGCAGCGCUUGAGAGAUUUCAGAGCGAGACCCGCGGCGCAACCAUAUUCGGGGCGCUACACAGACGCUACCCACAUGCAGCCUCGUGUGCCACCACCAUCGGUUGGCCUGUAUUGA